ACAGGAAAUAAAGUGUCGUCGUGGAGCAGCGAGAGCGGACACAACCCAGAAGAGGUGGGCGAGUACUUCCAGGGCGACAUCAUCCAGCCGAUGUCGAGGAACGGCAUCCGGGCCAAGGGCGCCCGCUGGCCGCACGGCGUCGUCCACUACCAGAUCAGCCCCGGCUUCAGUGACGAAGCAAUGGCGAACAUCAAGGGCGCGAUGCGCGCCUACCACAAGCUGACGUGCGUCCGCUUCCGGCCGUACACGGGCCGCGAGACGGACUACAUCUACAUCACGCACGGCAACACGGGCUGCUGGUCGAGCGUGGGGCGGCUGGGCGGCGCGCAGGAGGUCAACCUGCAGGACCCGGGCUGCACCGGCACGCUGGGCACGCCCGCGCACGAGCUCAUGCACGCGCUCGGCUUCCUGCACGAGCAGAACCGCUACGAACGCGACAAGUACGUCACCAUCAACUGGCAGAACAUCGAGCCAGGUCGCGAGCUGAACUUCAAGAAGUCGACGAAAGAGGAAACCUUCGCUUAUGGAGUGAAGUACGACUACAAUAGUGUCAUGCACUAUUCUGCGAAUGCCUUCUCCAUCAACGGACAGCCCACGAUCGUGCCAGCAGAGAGCAAGGCGAAGCUGGGUCAGCGUAAAGGUCUGAGCAAGGGCGACUUGCGUAAGAUCAACGGCAUGUACAAGAAGGAGUGUCAGAAGCGCAAGUCAUCCAAGGCUUAA